AUGAAUACCAUAGAUAUAGUGAACGAGUUUUUAGAUGACUUACGCGGCGGUAGAAUGGUCGACACGCCAACAGUUCGAGUGGAGCAGGGCCAGCUGCAGGGCAAGCUAGUCAACGGGCCCUCGGGGAAGGGGUUCUACAGCUUCCAGGGUAUACCUUAUGCUGCACCACCACUCGGAUCUUUGAGGUUUAAGGCCCCUCAGCCACCGCAACCAUGGGACGGAGUCCGCGACGCCACAGCUGAAGGCAAUGUCUCCGCCCAAAUUGACCAAAUGUUCUGCACCCCAUACACUGGCGAUGAAAACUGUCUCUUCCUUAACGUAUACACCCCAAACCUAGAUGGUCAAUUCUUGCCAGUCAUGGUCUAUGUACACGGAGGCGCUUUCCUCUUUGGUUCCGGUAAUUCUUCACAUUUCGGUCCCGACUAUCUCAUUGAAAAGGAUGUCGUCGUUGUUACAGUAAAUUACAGAUGCGGUGCACUCGGAUUCCUUAGUUUAAAUACCCCAGAAGUUCCCGGAAAUGCUGGAUUAAAAGACGUCGUCCAAGCCCUUAGGUGGGUGAAACAGAAUAUCCAAAACUUUGGCGGUAAUUCUGGUAACAUCACUCUCUUUGGUGAAAGUGCUGGAGGGGCAAUCACCUCUAUAUUAGCCGCUUGUCCCUUAUCUAAAGAUUUAAUCAGCAAAGCAAUAGCUCAAUCCGGAACGGCAUUAUGCGGUUGGUCCCUACAGGUUGAUCCAAUUAUGAAUGCAAGGAAAUUAGCCAAAGAACUAGGCUGUGAAUCGACUGAUCUGGGUGAUAUUUUAGAGUUUUUAUUAACCACGCCAGUUAAAGACAUUGUCGAAGCCAACACAAAAAUAGAUCCUAUAAGUGGGCUAUUCCAAAAGGGAGUCGUCACAUUUGCCCCAGUUCUAGAAACUGAAUUCCCCGGAGUGGAAGCGGUUCUGACUGAAUCUUAUAUAAAUAGCGUUACUUCUGGUAAAGUAGCUAGAAUUCCUAUCAUGGUCGGUACCACAACUCUAGAAUGUAUCACAGAAAAGGUUGAUGUACCAAUAUUCCUUGCUAAUCAGCUGAAUGUUACCAAUCCAGCAGACGUAAAAACAAUUGAAGGUAAAGUUAAAGAAUUGUACUUCAAAGAUUCUGAAGGUUUGCAAGAAUCGUCGGUACUUUUAUCUGAUUUGCUAAUUAAUUAUGGAGCACAUAGAUUCGUCACGAACUUGGCGAAAGUGUCUGAUCAGCCAAUUUACUACUACAAGUUUGAUUAUAUUGGGGAAAUGAAUUUGUCAAAAAGGCUCCCAAUGAGCUUAGGAGUUCAACAUGCUGGACAUUUGGAUGAGCUGGGAUACCUGUUUAAGGAUGAUCUGCUGAAAGACGCGGAACCGACUCCUCAAGACCUCACCAUGAGGGAACGGAUGGUACGGCUAUGGACCAACUUUGCUAAGUCUGGAAAUCCAACUUUCGAAGACAACUUCUACCUAGCGGUAACAUGGACACCGGUAACUAAAGACAAUAUUUGUUAUCUAAACAUCAGUAAUGAGCUUUCUGUAGGAACCAACCCCGAUAAAGAUAGAAUGGAAUUGUGGGAUGAUAUUUACGCAAAAUACUACAAACCACGCGAACAAUUUGUUAACGAAAUCCAAGCCACCGCAGAUGUUGUUGAUUCAACACCCGUGAUAGUACAAGAAACAGUAAUUCAAACAAUCGUUAACAACGAACCGGCUGAAAAUAUUAUCAUUGUUGAAGAAACAAAAACGAAUCUAGCCGAUUUCGAGAAAAAGGUUGAAGAAAUCAAAAGUGCUAUGGACGAUGCGUUGGCUCAAAACGGAACAGAAACCAUAAAUAUCGUUCAAGAAGAAAUUAAAGAGAACUCUCUGAGUAAGCUAAUUGAGAAUUCAGAAGGUGAAGAAAUUAGAUCCGUUCGCGAAAUAGUAACCAUUUACAAAGAAUCGCACUCGAAUGGCGUUGAUGACCAUAAACUAAAUGGAAACGCUGAUAAGAAACCUCGUCCGUCCAACGAAAUUAAAAUGGUCCAAAACAGCAAUGCCGACCCUAAAGACGUGAUUAGAGCCAACGACCCACCGGAAGACGAUUUGCCCAAAAACAUUGGUGUAAACAAAUUCGUAAAUUUCUUUGAAUCGCUCGGUAAAAAGUGA